GACCCUACGAUGAGAAAGUAAACGGGGCUCCCAUUGGCUGGCCGGGGAAGACAGGCCAAUCGGAGAAGAGCUUAUAGGGAGGCGGCUGAGCUGGGGGGAGGGAAAUAGGAAGCUAGGGUUAGCGGCAACCCGUGAGGCUAGAACCCCGAGCGUGGUCGGUUGGAGCAAAUAUGUCUGUCCGGAGGCACAUUGGGAAUCCUGAGUAUUUGACCAAAAGGAUACCACAGAACCCAAGGUAUCAGCAUGUCAAGUCAAGACUGGACACUGGUAACAGUAUGACUAAAUACACUGAGAGGCUAGAAGAGAUCAAAAAAAAUUAUAGGUACAAAAAAGAUGAGCUUUUUAAGAGACUAAAAGUUACAACUUUUGCCCAGCUGGUCAUCCAGGUUGCUUCCCUAUCUGAUCAAACACUGGAAGUGACAGCAGAGGAGAUUCAGAGGCUAGAAGACAACGACUCUGCAACCUCAGACCCUGAUGCUGAAAUCACUGCCAGGACCAAUGGGAAAGGGAGCCCUGGUGAGCAGUCACCCAGCCCUGUCCAGUUCAUAAACAGCACAGGAGCAGGUGACUCCAGUCGCUCAACUCUUCAGAGCGUCAUCAGUGGUGUUGGGGAACUGGAUCUGGACAAAGGGCUAGUGAAGAAAGCAGAGCCCAAUACUAAAGACAAACCUUAUCCUGACUGUCCCUUCCUGCUGCUAGAUGUGCGUGAUAGAGACUCUUACCAGCAGUGCCACAUUGUUGGAGCUUACAGUUACCCAAUUGCAACUCUGUCUAGAACAAUGAACCCUUAUUCAAAUGAUAUUCUUGAAUAUAAAAAUGCCCACGGCAAGAUCAUCAUUCUGUACGACGACGAUGAAAGGCUGGCCAGCCAGGCAGCCACCACCAUGUGCGAGCGGGGAUUUGAAAACCUCUUCAUGCUUUCCGGAGGUCUAAAAGUCUUGGCUCAGAAAUUCCCAGAAGGACUAAUUACUGGUUCCCUGCCAGCGCACUGCCAGCAGGCCCUUCCUCCUGGUUCUGCCCGGAAACGAUCCAGCCCCAAAGUGCCGCCCCUACCAGCUGAGAAUAAAUGGAGAUUUACCCCAGAAGACUUAAAAAAGAUCGAAUAUUAUCUGGAAGAGGAUCAGGGUCCUGCAGAUAAUUCUAGCCGGCUGAACCAAGCUAACUCCUCCGGAAGAGACUCCAAGGUGCCUGGUGCCCGUAGCGGUCAGAACCUUCCUGCCAGGGGCCCUGCCGGCCACUCGAACCCCCGCUCACUCAGCAGUGGACAGCAGCAAGGCAAGCCCUGGAAGUAAAGACUUUGUCUCACUUCGUCAAAUAAAAUAAAUGUUUUUUCUCUUUUUGGAA